AGACCCAUCUUCCAUAUUAUAAAGUCUCCCGCACGUUAAUACGUCUGCGACAACAGACAUGAUAACAUGGAUUCAGAUUUGCGACUGGACGAAAUAAAAUGUGGUUCAGCUUCCGAGAUCAUGAUGGCUGUGAGAUACAGUACAUCUCCGCCUGGACCAACGUUCAUCCCAUCCCUAGACGAUGUGCUUCUCGAGUAUCGUCCUCAUGAUGGCCACUCUUCUCUACGUAGAGGAGACUUGAUAGAACUGGUUGGGCCUAGCGGGUCUGGAAAAACCACCUUAUUAACGUUCCUCCUCAUGAUUACCCUUCUCCCUGCCGUUCUACCUCCGCCGCUGUCCACAGUCGUCCUUGGCGGAAAAGGAGGCUAUGCGCAGGUCUUUCAGCCUUAUACACAUCGACCCAUUAUGCUGUCUCUCCGACGAUCCAUAGAAGCCCAUAUCAGAUCCCUCGCCCCUGAGGCCCAAGACGAUUUGAUCGAGGACGUCAUCAAGGAAAGUACAAGUCGAUUAUCGGUUUGGAGGGGGAGGCCCAGAUGGAAGGAUCUUGCACUCGGUUUGAAAGGGAUAGUUGUUGAACUCUCUCCUUAUCCAGCAAGGUCCGAGCGGCGUCCAGGAGCGCUCGACUUGGUGGCCAUCGAUGGAUUUGCAGAUGGGUAUUACCCCCACCUGUGGGCCGAUGAAGAGAGAGGUCGAAAGCAGCAUGGCGAUGGGGCCAAUAUCGUUGGACCAGACGCCCUAGGCGUGAGACAGGUCAUGGAGGUGAUAGGACAGAUUCGGAAAGACCUUGGAAGCGUUGUUGCUAUAAGUGUGCAAGGACUGCGUACAACACGUGAAACUCAACCAUUCUAUCUUCCCCAUCUCCCAACACCUUAUCCUAACCCUUUCUCCAUCUCUAAAAGUGGCCCUGUCUCACGUUCUAACCCGACUUAUUGGCCGUUGAACAUACAAAUCACCCUUUUAGGACGCGCGCGGGGUCUGCAGUUACCGGGGGACAUCACUCUUAUUGAUGCUUUGCGAUCAAAGGCGCGUGAAAAAAAGGAGAAUGGUGAAGUGGGACAGAACGGCAAGUACGAAGGAUUAGUGAGGUUGGUGAAUAUGGAUGGAGGAAUACUUGGGAAACGAGAAGGGGCAAAAUUCCACUUUCAUAUUGGUGAGAACGGUUUGCAAGUCUGGACUGAUCCUUGAUCACUGUCUACGGUUUCACGUUGUAUACUAUAUCAAUGACUAGACUGUUUAUGAUAAAACCCCCAUCACUUGUUUUCAACCUGCGCCUCUUCAAUCGCCUUUUUGACCGCUUCGACGGCCUUGGGAUGAAUAUCUUUACCGGCGGCGACGAUGCCGUCAUUCUCCUUGAGAGUCCUUCCCACACCAAAGUUGAGCUCCUUGCCCCACAUGUCUGUACAGAUACCACCACUCUCAUGAAUCAACAAGGCUCCAGGGGCAUGAUCCCAGAUCCGCUCUUCGUAGAUCUUACCUCCAACAUAUUUUGUAGGGAUACGAAGAUAGACACCGCCUUCACCUCGAGAGAGACAGGUAUAUUUCGCCUGAGAAUCCAUACGGAGGGAGGGACGUUGAACGUCGAGUAGGGCGCCAAUUCGAGCCUGGAUAGAAUGCGCAGAGUGGCCAGACUCGACGGACUC